AUGACCCUAAGGAUGUGCUGGACUGGACAGGCGAAGGGGGUCCUGGGAAGCUGGGGGAUCAUCUGCUUGGUGACCUCUCUGCUCCUCCAGCAGCCAGGAGUCCACAGCAAGUGCUACUUCCAAGCUCAAGCCCCCUGCCACUAUGAAGGGAAGUAUUUUACCCUGGGUGAGUCUUGGCUCCGCAAGGACUGUUUCCAUUGUACCUGUCUGCAUCCCGUCGGUGUGGGCUGCUGUGACACGUCCCAGCAUCCCAUCGACUUUCCUGCGGGCUGUGAGGUACGUCAGGAGGCAGGAACCUGCCAGUUCUCCCUGGUGCAAAAAUCUGACCCUCGGCUGCCCUGCAAAGGCGGAGGGCCCGACCCAGAAUGGGGCUCAGCUAAUACCCCUGCUCCUGGGGCUCCUGCUCCCCACUCCAGCUAA